GAAUGGACCACCUAGUCAGAUUCUACUGCCCUUCGUGCCCAGCUAGAAGACUAUAGGCGUCUGCUCCUCCUCAAUGCAGCAGCCUUGCAAAGUGAUUUGCUGGAUUCAAAGCCUUGCCUUGCUGUUUACUGGUACUGAGACCUUAAGCAGAUGAUUUAACCACUCAUGCUUGAGAAAUGGAGCAUCUCCCUGGCAACAGCACCAGCUGGUCCCUAGAUAAGAGGAGCUGGAAGCAGGCAGCAGCAGCCACUGUGCAGGAGAGAGGCCCCAGCAUCUGUAGUGUGAAGCAGUCCCUCGCCUCUGCCUUCUUAGCCUGCAGCUUGCACUGAUUGUUCUGGGAAAGAAACACAUCCACCCAGGCUCCUUUGAUGAUGUCCACCAAGAUGACCACUGAGCCAGUGCAGCCACAGGAGCUUUCAGAAGACAGGCUGGACAAACUAGACCCUCGUUGCAGCCACUUAGAUGAUCUUUCAGACCAGUUCAUUAAGGAUUGUGACCUUAAAAAUAAGCCAAGAAAAGGCGAAAAUGAGCAGACCACCCUGAAUGUUGAGUCAGAUCAGAAAAAACCGAGGAGGAAAGAUACACCUGCACUGCACACCCCACCAUUCAUCCCAGGAGUGAUUUCAGAACAUUUAAUUCAAAGAUGUGAUGUUCCAGAGAGGUAUCCAAAGGGCAAAAUGAUCCCAGAACUUCAGAACACUGACAUGCAACAGAAAAAGCCAAGGAGAAAAGACACACCUGCCCUGCACAUGCCUCCCUUUGCAGCAGGUGUGACUCUGCUCAGAGAUGAGAGACCCAGAGUGAUUAUGGAAGAUGAUGAAAAGGAUGGUGACAAGCUAAGAACUAAUGUUCUGAAGAAGGAACCCACGCUCCCCUGAUUGCCAUUUGCCCCAUUCCAGCUGCUCACUCACUGAUUUCACCCACCAGGCUCUGCUUGGAGUGAAGACCCCCAUCCUAGCCCCAGUUAUUUCCUUCCCUUUUGACUCCCAUGCCUCGCUCCAUUGUGAUCAUCUCAGUCAUGGCUUUGGGAGACAGAAGACUGUGGCUAUAUUGUUGGUUAAGAUAGAAAAAGGCCACUAUAGGGUUUUUAAGUAGCCCGAAGCAUUAUAAGCAUAUCGAUAAUAAUCAUGACCCCAGCAGUUGUGCCAAGGGAUUAUCAGAGAACACAGAUAUAUUCUUGUGUUAGAUGUGCACAUGGCACAGGCUUAGUUAGACCAAAAAGCCCUCAUCAUUUCUGGAUUCCUGUGGUGAAGAAGAAGAUGGGCUGCUUUAUAAGCAAAGACCCUGGAUUCCAACCCCAACUGUGUGACCCAGAAAGUCCCUGGACCUCUGAGUCUAAUUCCCACCGUGAUGAUAAAGGUGAUAGUCCUUAUUUAUCCUCCUUCAUAAUUUGAUAAUUAAA